AUGAAUCCGAGGGGCUCACAUCGUCGGUCGCCCGGCGUAACAGAGCAACCGGCCCCCCCACCAAAUGUUCCUCCACGAUCGAUAUCGCCCGCCGUGGGUGUUGGUACGAACCGACCGGUUGCGCCGCGUGCUGCUGGCUCGUCGAGAUCGAUGCAGCCAGUGAGCAGCGCAGGCGCGAGUGGGAGCAGGAGUGACGGGACUCGACGGGCCAACUCGUCAGGAAGCACCAACACCUCGGUUCCGCUAUCGCAAAUUGAAAAGAGCGUCACACACCUUCUCGUCGCCACGAAACAACUUUUGGAAACACUUACACAAUGGUCGCGAGGGAACGCCACCGACACUCAGGUGUCCGACGUCUAUGUCCGCCUGGGGUACGAAUUCAACAUGGCCUGCCGAGCAUUUACUGCAAUCAACGUCGACACAUCUGACCUGGGAAAUGUCCCCGAGCUGCUGCGAGAAAUUUUGGAGUCUACUCUGAGCCAGGAGGCUAGUGCCGAAAGCCUGGAAAAGUACCUGCCCAAAAUCCGCGAUAUCAUCAUCAACUUACUGCACGGGCUCAAGCGGAAACAGACGAGACUCCGACAGAAGCAGCAGAGGGAAAGAGAUGGCCUCCCCCCUGGUAGUGAAGGCAGUGGUGAUGCGGGCAGCCCUCCAGCGGUUCCGGCCCGGACCACCAGUACAAGCACAACGGGGAGCGUCAACUCGGGCCUGACCAACUUAUUAAAUGAAGGCUUAGAAAACGGAGGCUUCCGGCCGAGCAGCCAGCGGGAUGAGGGCACGCGUACCAAUGCGACCGCAGCGCCAUCUCCUACUAAACGCUUUAUUCAGCGAGAGCACUCCCGUGGAUCCGCGAAUUCGGACCAGUCCAGCCUAUCCAGCAACACGAUGCAGAGCAUACCGGUGCUGCCGCCCUACCCAGGCGAUGAGACGAUCCCGUCAGGCCCGUCGGCAAGCGACCUGAGCAGCCUGGAUAACUUCCCCCCGCCUCCGCCUCCGCCCAAAGCAUCGCAGCAGAGCGCGCUGGCGGCUUUGCAACGAGGAGGUGAUUUAGAGCGGCGAGCAUCUCGGCGGUACUCGGCGUAUCAGAUCUCAAAGCACUUGGGCGCCCAGGCGCAGGGGAUCCCAAUGCUCCCGCCCCAGACAAGCCCGAUACCCAACCGGGGGAGAGGCGAAGUCAGGGAAUCGAUGCGGGCUAUGCAAGCGAGGGAUAACAACAUCAGUGGCAACAGCCUCCGGCACAAGCGGAAUAUGUCCAGCCAGUCGCGUGCCAACAACCUCGAUAGUACGUCGCCCGUCAGAGUCCCGAGCCGGGUCCCGGAAGAGCAGCAAGAGGGCCGUCCCGUGCAGUCGUCUGCCCCACGUGUUGAGCUCCCCGGGAUAGAGGACGAUAAGUUCCGGCCCAGCGCGACCUUGAAUGGGCCGCCGUUGGAUGUUUUCCCCGGUGGCGGAGAUGCCGAGGAGGAAGAGGAACCAGUAAAACCUGCAGCGUCAACGCCUGCAGCCGCUCCUGGGCCGACGCAGAGCCCAGCCACCCCACAAGACUCGACAACCUCAACAGCCCGGGCGAUCACCCCUGAUAAACCGCCGAGUGCCUUUACGGAAACACCGCCCGCGACGAAGGAGCUGACUCUAUUCUUGCAAUACAAGUCCAAAGUCAAGAAGUUUGUGCUCUCUGAAGGUUACGAGGAGCUCUCAAUUGGGCGUUUGCAGCUUGCAUUCAUCGAGAAGUUCUCAUGGAACACCCAGCAGAACGGAGCUGAUCUGCCUGAAAUCUACAUCCAGGACCCCGUAUCAGGCGUCCGCCACGAACUAGAAGACCUGUCCGACAUCAAGGACCGCACAGUGCUAGUGUUGAAUGUGGAACAGCUAGACGAGGUCAAGCGACACAUCGACGACGGCCUGGGCUCGAUCAAGAAGAUGAUGGUGGAGAUGAAGCAGAAUGUAGACGACCACGGGGCCGCCCUGCAGAGGGUCUCGGAACGGCAGCAAGAAACAGCCAAGGAUGUGGCUCGGCUCGCGUCUGCCCCUCCUCCUCCUCCUCCUCCGCCCCCCGCUGCUGUCCCAGCAGCACCGGCACCAACGCCGGCAGCGCCCGCCGCCGUCGGUGCCUCUUCCCCCCGGCAGGUCGGAUCCACGUUCGCCUCGCGCAAACUCAGCGCGGGCCAGCUCUCUGAGAUCCAAAGCCUCCGCCGCGACCUAGCCGUGCUCCGACAAACCUACUCCAACUUCCAGUCCGAGGUCCAGGGCUCCAUGUCGGCGCUGCGCACCAAGGCAGCCAACGUCAAGGCGACCGCCGUCAAGGUGGCCGUCCCCGAUAUCGAGGGCGAGGGCGGCCACACGUAUGUCGUCAGCGGGCGUAAGCAGCUCAACGCCGACAGCGACCGGCUCGUCAACCGUGUCGACGACCUCCAGGACCUCGUCGAGGACUUGCGCAAGGACGUGGUGCACCGCGGUGUGCGUCCGCUCCCGCGCCAGCUCGAGGCCGUCACCCGCGACAUCACGCUCCUCACCAAGGAACUCAGCAAAAUGGAGGACUAUAUGAAGCAGGAGAAACCGCUCUGGACCAAGAUCUGGGAGAAGGAACUCGAAGACGUCUGCCAGGGCCGCGACGAGCUGCGCAUGGUCGAGGACCUCAUCGUCGACCUGCGCGAUGACCUCGAGAAGGCCUCCGAGACCUUCGCCCUCGUCGAGCAAGCGACCAAGGAGCAGAUGAAAGACGUCGGCGCGGGCGGCGGCGCGAACGGCGCUAAUGGCGCGAACGGCCCCUACGGACCCAACGCCAUCAUCGCGCGGGGCCAGUUCACCAAAGGACUGACCUCGAUCCGCGAGAAUGCCGCGCUGGCCGAUCCCAACGCUGCGAAGGAGGGUGUGCUGGGUGAAGUCCGGGCGUUGCAGCCGAAUCACGAGAACCGGUUGGAAGCGAUCGAGCGUGCGGAGAAGUUGCGGCAAAAGGAGCUGGAACGGCGGCGCGAGAAUCCGCUGACUAAGGAGCUGGUCAUGUUUGUUGGGGAGGGGAAGUUGAAGAAGUCGGGCGGGUUUGAGGAGGUGGAGAGGGCGAGGAAGGCGAAGGAUGAUCGGAUUCGGAAGGAGGUGUGGGAGAGGAUGAAUGGGAUUGUGGCGAUGGAUGAGGGGGGGGAUGUUGGUGAGGAAGAGGAGGACGGGGUGGGGGAGGAAGAGGAGGAGGGGGUGGAUGGUGAAGGUAGUGUUGGUGAUGGGGUAGAGAGUGGGGAGUAUGGGAGUGACGGGGAGGUUAACGGAAGUGGUGCUGUGGAAGUGUCUGCUGGUGGGCCGUAG